CACCGACGAGCCUACAGCGUGUAGCAUCCCGGCUACUUGUUCUGCAGAAUCUGUCUAAACACUUGUGAUUAUUCGUGUGUGACACACAAAAGUACCUUGAUUCUGCUGUCAUGGAACCGUUUGCAGAUGCGCUGUUCUGGGUCGGGGCUGUGACUGUGCUCUGGCUGUCGGUGAGCUCUCUGUGGAGUCUGAUCAACGGGAUUCGAGUGUGGAUUUUGGGCAAUGGAAAUCUGAUGAGGGCGAGCAGUCUCGGCAAAUGGGCAGUUGUGACUGGGGCCACCGAUGGAAUCGGAAAAGCCUAUGCGGAGGAGCUUGCUCGAAGAGGUUUUGCCAUUGUUCUCAUCAGCCGUACUCAAGAGAAGCUGGAUGAAGUGUCCAAAGCUAUUGAGAGCAAGUAUAAAGUAGAGACCAAAACCAUUUCUGCUGACUUUGGAUCUGUGGACAUCUAUCCUAAGAUUGAAUCUGGACUGGCUGGACUGGAAAUCGGAGUUUUGGUUAACAAUGUUGGAGUUUCGUAUUCCUACCCAGAGUUCUUCCUCAAUAUUCCUGAUGUUGACAGUUUCAUCAACAACAUGAUCAACAUCAAUAUUAUGUCAGUUUGUCAGAUGACCAGGUUGGUACUGCCCAGGAUGGUAGACAGGUCUAAAGGAGUGAUAUUGAAUGUUGCCUCUGCGAGUGGCAUGUACCCAGUUCCCCUCCUCACUCUCUACUCUUCCACAAAGGCCUUUGUGGACUUCUUCUCCCGAGGACUUGAUGCUGAAUACAAAAGCAAAGGAAUCAUUAUUCAGAGUGUGCUGCCAUUUUAUGUGACCACCAAGCUGAGCAAGAUCAGGAAGCCCACUCUUGACAUUCCCACUCCAGAACGCUAUGUAAAAGCCCAGCUGAGCACUAUAGGCCUGCAGACUCAGUCCAACGGAUACCUUCCUCAUGCCAUUAUGGGCUGGGUGACUGCUUCUCUGCUUCCUGCAAAGCUGCUCAACAAAUAUGUUAUGGGCAUGGGGUUGUCCCAGCGAGCACGCUAUCUGAAGAAACAGAAACAAGGUUAGAAAUAGACAAAAGGACACACAGAGGGGUAAAGGGACGGUGUAAAGAAAAGGAACGAACCAAAAAAAAUAAAAAUCUCUCUGCCUCUUUGCUGUUGGGGCCAAGAGCAGUCUCACCGAACUGCUCCUGAUAAUUCUGUUGGAGACUCUACGAAUCAAGCAGUGUGUUGUUUUUUCCAAGCACUACAGUGGUGUGUUGAGUCGUAGCUAACAAAACAUGAUUUGCUUCAACAGCCAAUGGUGACCAACGGUUCUUAUUAGCUCUGAGUUGUAUCCUAACAGUCACUAAACCAGAUUGAUUGGUAUAGUUUGUUGUUGUUUUCUUGUAAUGUUUAGAUUGAGAAAGUAAUUUUUUUAUAAUAGUGUUCUGAUGGGCAUGAAUAGUGAGCAAGAUCUUCUCAGCUUAAAUGAAAAGUCUAUUUCCGUAAUGUCCAUUCAAUUUGAGAAUAUUUAUGACUGAUAUGAAUCAAAUUUGCUAGGCUGCCUGCAAUCAUUUAAAAAGUAUAUCUGAAAUGAUGCACUUAUUAACUUGGUUUAUCUUUGAAGAGUUCAGAUGCAAAAACCUUUAAUUGCCAUAUGAAAUUUCCAUCAAAAAUGAACAUUUUUCUCAGACUCCUUUGUAUAUGUUGAGAUAUUUCACUUUGAAGACCAUUAAAAGGACUUUUUCUUUGCCAUAAAAAGGAUAUUACUAAAAACCUGAUAAAAAUGCUCAUUUCAGAAGAAAAUUUCAGAUGGCAUUUAGAGGUUUUUGCAUCGGAACUCUUCAUUUGCUUUUUGUUUGUUUGACUUGUCAGUUGCCUGCAAACUAAGUGCACUACAUGAACUAUUUUCCUGCCCAUCACAGAUGGCUCUAUGCAUUUUUCAUCUUUAAAGAAAGAUGAUGCGAUUCUAAUGCACUAACAUUGUUGUGGAAGGUUUGUGUGUGUGUGUUGUACGGUUAACUUUUGUAAUACUGGUACUGCUGGCCACUGAAAGCAAAUUUAAAUUCUGAAAACAUUUCGUUUGAAAACUAAGGCUGUGGUUCUGUUAUUAUCUGGUCAGUGAUAAUGCAGUAUUUUCUCCAAAAACAUUUCUUUUCAACUCCAGAGCGCUGAUCGGCACUUUCAGCUUUUGGUAUGAAUCACUUUACUAAAGCCAGCAGCAGACUAAAUGUAAUGCUCAUGCCUGCGUUUGAAUUAAUACAUUUCAAAUAAAAACAAAAAUGUAAUAAUAA